CCGUUCAGCUGCAUGAAUUCUCCGUUGCCUGCGUAAAGCUGUCAAGGGUCUGUGGAGUACGUGUGGGCGAGUGGAAAUAUUUUCAGCCAGUGUCUGCGUGGUGGAAUGAGUCACGUUUUAAACUCAAGCAAUGGCCGAUUGACAGCUAUUUGUGCCAGAUGAGGAAGGAUGCUGGCCAUGGACCAAGGCGUGGUGGAGGAAUGGCUUUCUGCGUAUAAGACACUUCCUGACACGGCUAUUUCCGGCUACGCUGCAUCUCUGAAGGAAAAGGCCUCACUGGUUCCUGCACUAUACAAAGUUAUUCGAGAAAACUACAGUGAUCUCUUGGAACCAGUAUGUCACCAGCUGUUCGAGUUCUAUCGCAGUGGGGAGCCUCUUCUUCAGCGCUUUACUCUGCAGUUUUUACCUGAGCUGGUGUGGAGUUACCUGUCAGUAAACGCUGGCAGAAACUCGCAUCGCAGUGGCUGCAUCGAAGCCCUUUUGCUUGGCAUCUACAACCUGGAAAUAGUUGAUAAAGAUGGUCAAAGCAAAGUAUUAUCUUUCACUGUCCCCUCCUUAUCCAAACCGUCAGUGUACCAUGAGCCCUCUGCCAUUGGCUCCUUGGCUUUAACGGAUGGAGCUCUGGCCAAUCAUGGGUUGAGUAAAGUUGUUUACAGUGGACCAUACCUACAGAGAGAGACGUUUACAGCGCAGAACAGGUUUGAAGUGUUGACGUUCCUGCUUCUCUGCUACAAUGCUGCUCUGGGCUACAUGAACAGUUCGUCCCUCCAAUCUCUUUGUCAGCUGAGCUCCAGAGUGUGUAUCUGUGGUUAUCCUAGGCAGCAGUUACGGAGGUAUAAAGGCAUCAACAUCAGAAUGAUUGUGACUGCAGAUUUCUUGGUGCAGUUGAUUGCAGGCAUUCACUUUGCUUUGUGUAAUGGAGAGUCUGAUUUGGGCUCCAAAGCUUUGGAUGAUGUCUUGUAUCGAGCCCAGCUGGAGCUUUACCCAGAAGUUCUGCUGGUGGGAAACGCUAUUAAGUCAUCACUCCACGGAGCAGCCUUGAAAUCAAAUAGAAAAGGCACUCGCUCCAUUCAGGUUGAGAUCACACCCACCGCCUCACGGAUUUCCAGAAAUGCCGUUACCAGUCUCUCAAUUCGCGGGCAUCGCUGGAAGCGGCACGAGUCUCAAGAGAACAGUGUAGACUCUCCGGACUCGACUCCGCUCGGCCCCAUCCCCACCAUUAGCGUUACAGGGGUGAGCGGCGAGCGUGUGGCGAACGGAGAGCUACUGCGGAGCAGAACUGAGGCAGAGGCGCUGGGGGGCGCAACUGAGCUGGGGCAGGACCCUAGAGGUCAAGAGGUCAGGAGACAGAAGUCUGUGCGGAGGCAUGUGGAGGACGGCUCGCCCUCCGCAGGGAGGCUCCAGUUCUAGAGCCCCUUGCCCUCCACAAACACUGUGACCUGUAGCCCUUUCCUCUCCCCCUUAGAACCAGAGAUGCGGUGGAUCUGGGUUCCCCGGAAGAGCUGAUGGAGAUCUCGGAGGUGGACGAGGGCAUCUACACACAGCCCGCCA